ACAACACAACACAACACAACACAACUACAACAAACCCGAAAAGACUAGCUAGAAGGAGACAAGACAACAGUCAUGAGCAAUUCAACGUCAACAUCAACAUCAGAAUCUUCUUCGUCAUCUUGCUCAGCCAUCAUCAAAGGAGGAGAGCUGCAUGUUUCCGUGCUUUCGAUUGAAAAUCUUCCUUCGAGAGAAAGUCCUUGGAGUGUCCAACUAGAAGCCUGUGGAGAGACAACAAGCACAAGUACAUGUACCAAGCCAGACCCCACCAAUAAGGAUGAUACACUCGUCAUCAAGACCAAGACACUCCAAUCGCUCCACGAAGCAUCUGCUGUCCUUACGAUCCAAUAUGAAAAAGAUCCAACCCUCAAUCGACAAGCCACAUUUGCCAUGAAAGAUCUGGUCGUCAAUCAGGUCGCCACUUUAGUGCUAGAGCUGGAAUCAUCACCACCAUCGCAACCACUAGAUCCCAACACGACAACAUGUCCCACCACCACACCCACCAUUCAACUACAAGUACAACUACGAGGCGCAUUGCGGCGCGAACUACGAGCAUUGGUGCGAUUCGGUCACGGAUGGUUCGCCCUCAUGGAUGCCUUGGAACGAACCGUGUGUCGAAUUGUACCUAGCAAUACCGUUACGCAACGCCUCGUAUUCAUCCCGGCUCUCUUGGCCACACUGCUAUUGACGCCGCUGGUGGGAGGAAUUUUGGCAUUGGCGCUGCCCGUCUUGUUUCCGUUGGCGGCCCUCCUCAUGACCACGGCAGCGUGUUUGGCCGUGGCAUUUGUCCUGGUCUAUUUCAGUACCUCACGAGGACGACACAAGUACAUGCCUCUUAUUCAACCCGCAAUCAACAAAUGUCUUUAUUCAACACCUGGUCAAGCACUCCUCUAUCCCGUCGGACCACGUCCGACACCCGUCACAUUUGUUGAAACGGUGGUGCCCGACAACAUGUACGGACGAUUGGUAUUAUCGGUCGUGAUUGACAUUAUUGGAUGUUCCUCUUAUUUAUUGCCAUUCAUGGGAGAAGCAUCGGAUGUCAUUUGGGCACCCAUUCAAACACUCCUCAUCAUGGCCAUGUACGAAACCACCACUCCCAAACUCAAAUACUUGAGUUUUGCAGAAGAAAUGUUGCCCUUUACCGAUGUCAUUCCUUCGGCGACCAUUGGAUGGGCGGCGCAAUUUGGACCCGAACUCAUGGGUCGGAAUAGCAGCAGCAGCAGCAGCACAGGCGACAACAAACAGCCACAACACAUCAAAACGGAGUGA